AUGGCUUUUGAGUUUCUUAACUCUUGGAUCUUUAUCCGUUCAGAUGUGAUUUGCCAGUCUCUUAGGGAAGGGAAGGGUUGUCACAAAUUCAAAAGAGACUUCCCGCGUUCGCCGGAGGUCGAACCUGUCCUAUAUAACGACAAGCCACCGCCCAGCGCGUACUACUACACUACCCGACUCUCACAGUCGUCACACCAAAGUCCGCGCGCUUUCCGGACGAACGCCAGUCUGCGCGCACGCCGUAUCCAGCCGGCCGGAGUGAACAGUGAAAACAGUGAAAUAGUGAUCAUGAAUUCCUACGUUAAAAUCGCAGUAGUAGUGUGUGCGUGCAUAGCGCUGACUACGGCACAGUUCGGUUACGACGUAGACUUCUCUGAUGGGUACUUCGGCACCAACUUCGGAGCUUCGGGCUUCGGGGCUUCGGGCUUCGGAGGACUGUCCGCCGCCGCCGCCAGAGACCCUAGGGCCAAUACUGGUCCCGUGUUGUUCCCCCAGUCUCCCCCCGGCGACCCAUCUCAAACCAGCGGCGUCGUAGUAGGUGCUUCUGGAUACGGCUUCGUUCCCCCCGGCUCCCAAGGACCAGCUCAUCCCAGAUAUUUUUACCAAGGUUUUUACGGCCGAAGAUAAUGAAAUAGGCGAAUGUAAAACGUCGUAAGUAAUAUUGUACAAAUAAUUUAAUUAAGCGUAUAAAAAAAUUGUGAAUAUAACAGUAAAUAAAUUGAUUUUUGUAUUAUAAUUUAUAUGUGCAAUAUAUAAGUUUCUAGUUACCGAAAUGUACCUUGUAUAAUAAUUAUAAUAUUAUUAAUUACAAAAUAUACUGUGAUAAAAUUACAGCCAAGUAUGACAUAUAAUGAUAGUGUAAAUUAAAAAUUUCUUAUUGUUAAUAAAUUUGCCUGUUCAUAUGAAAAAAAUAUAAUUUAUGCAUGUUGUGUAAAAUUCAGGAAUGGGAAUGUAUGUAAAUAGCAAAAUAAAAUUACCAUUAAAUCUAAAUGUGAUUGCUCUGUUUUUAUUACUAUAAGCCCCGAGGUAAUAGGAAGGGUGUUCUGUAUGUCUGUGUUCUUAUCUGUAACUAUCUAUGUGUACGCUGUAAAGUAAACAUGUUCAACUAUGA